UAUAGGAUGUGUUGAGAAGGAGACGUCUGGCACUCGCAGUGGUUGGAAAUUUCAUACUUCUGUCCUCCCCCAACCAAAAAGUAAAGAAGAUGGACGGCGGGUACAUGGUGGCCCCAGGCGGCCAUAUACUGUGCACCUCGUUAUUUUAAUAAAACCCUGUUGUUGACCGUCUCCUAGUGGGAGAGAGAGCGGCGAACUUAAAGAGUCAACUGUCAAAUAGGUACACCAACUCCACCAACCACCAUUCUUAAAAACCUGCUAAACUCUUCCAUUACGCCAAUCCAACCCAACCCAACCCCACCCAACUCCGACUUACCGCGGCCCAAAAUGGAAGUCAAAAUCUCCGAAACCGCUGUCGUCGCUCCCUCUCCAUCCCCAUUCGACCAUGACCACGUCCUUACCCUUUCCCACCUCGACAACGAUCCCAACCUCCACGUCACCUUCCGUUACGUCCGUGCCUAUGUCGCCAAGCCUCCGGUUCCCUCCUCCGAUCCCUUCCACGUCAUCUCCUCCGCUCUUUCCUCUGCUCUCGUCCAUUACUAUCCCCUCGCAGGGACUCUUCGCCGCACCCCCGACCACCGCCUUGAGGUUUUCUGCUCGCCGGGGCAGGGCGUCCGACUCAUUCGCGCCUCGGUGAACUCUACCCUUGAGUCGUUGCGUUACAUCGAUGACCCGGAUUCGGAUUUCAUCGAACACUUGUCGCCCGCCGUCGACCCGGAUGAGGGGCUCCUCAACCCGUGUGUCUUGCAAGUCACGGAGUUCGACUGUGGUGGCUAUACUCUUGGAGCCGCAAUACACCACUCCCUUUGCGAUGGGAUGGGCGCGACUCAGUUCUUCAAUGUCAUGGCCCAGUUGGCCCGCGGGGAAACCCGUCUCUUGGCUUCUCCGGUAUGGGAUCGGGUAAAAUUGCUCGGGCCCAGAGACCCGCCCCGAGUGGAGGCACCGAUCCGUGAUUUUCUGAGUUUGGACAGUGGGUUCUCGCCGUACCGGCAGUCAAUUGGGCCAGUUGUGAGAAAGUGCUUCAAUGUGAAAGACGAGCACUUGGAGCGGUUCAAGGCUGAGCUUUUGGAGCGAUGCGGGUUGAAAUUCACGACGUUUGAAGCUUUGGGUGCUUUCAUUUGGCGAGCCAAGGUUAAAGCCUCAGAGGUCCCAGGAGAUGAGAUAGUGAAGUUUGCAUAUUCAAUCAACAUGAGGAAGCUAGUGAAGCCGCCAUUGCCUGGUGGGUAUUGGGGCAAUGGGUGUGUGCCAAUGUAUGUGAAGCUGAGCGCCAAAGAUUUGGUGCAGAAACCACUUUGGGAAACAGCGGAGCAGAUCAGGAAGAGCAAAAGCAAUGCUACGGAUGAGUACGUGAGGUCGUUCAUCGACUUCCAGGAGCUACACCGUGGAGAAGGAAUAACGGCAGGUAAAGGAGUGACUGGAUUCACGGACUGGAGACAUUUGGGACAUUCGACUGUGGAUUUUGGUUGGGGAGGUCCUGUUACUGUUUUGCCACUUUCCAGAAACCUUCUUGGAAGCGUUGAGCCUUGCUUUUUCCUGCCUUAUUCUUCCGCCAGUGUGGGUGACAAAGAUGGGUUCAAGGUUUUGGUGAAUUUAAGAGUGACUGCCGUGCCUGCUUUUAGCGAAGCGAUGGACAAGUUUUCUAGGCUGGAAUUUGGGUUGUAUUCCAGCUUGUAAUUGCAUCUUUUUUUGUAUUCAGAUUACUGCAUUUUGCAAAAAAAUCAUUGUUGCAUUCCGAUACGCUAUUAUAAAUUGGUUACAGAGAUGUAUUGGAGGUGUUCCUUCUUUUGUGUUUCA